AUGGCGGCUAAAAAGAGAGUCCUUUCUUUGGGACAUGUCCCGGAGCACAAUGCUGAAACAGUUAAACAAUUCUACGACACCUUUGACGUGAUUUCGACGACCAAAGAGGAACGGGAGAGAUCUACAUUUCUUGAGGGGCUUCGAACGCGAAAAUGGGGUGAGUUCGAUGCCAUACUCAGGUGUUUCUGGUACGAGGGAGAUGAAAUGGAGCCGUUCGACUCGGAGCUUGUUCCGUUGUUACCGGACAGCCUCAAAAUUCAUUCAAGCUGCGGAGCAGGUUACGACUGGAUGGAUAUACCUGCCUACACUAAGCGAGGUUUGUCCGAGCCUCGGAUCCAGUUUGCUGCGGUAUUAGCCGUUAACACGAGUUCAGGCUUUUUGUACUGUAAUGGCGCGUCGGCGCCUGCUGAAGCAGUAGCGGACCUGGCUCUUUACCUUGUCAUCUCCGUCUUUCGAUAUCUGACUGAGGCGCAGCUCGCCGCUCGAUCUGGCAGUACAGAGACAUGGCAGAAGGCCCGGGCCGUUUCCGCAAAAGCUCAAAACCCCGAAGGUCAAACCUUGGGCAUCAUUGGCCUGGGUCGAAUUGGUUACCUGCUAGCAAAGAAGGCCUAUCACGGGCUUGACAUGAACAUCCAGUAUCAUGAUAUUAGAAGAAGGACUCAAGAAGAUGAGGCUUCGGUUCAAGCAACCUAUGUCGACACCCUGGAAGGCCUAGUGCAGACUUCGGACUGUGUAGUAUGUUGCGUGCCCUUUGAAGGCCAAAAGAUCUUCGAUGCGACGAUGUUUUCGAGAUUCAAAAAGGGCAGCCGCUUCGUCAAUAUCGCCCGGGGCUCUCUACAUGACGAGGCUGCACUCGUGGCAGCUCUCAAAUCAGGCCAGCUUUCCGCCGCAGGUCUUGACGUACAGGAAAAAGAGCCGGAAGUACAUCCAGAAUUGAUCAAGAUGGGCAAUGUCACUCUGACUCCCCAUAUUGGCGGCACAACUGUUGAGUCCGGCGUCGCAUUCGAAAAAUUGGCAAUGGACAACAUCACGUCCUUUUUCCAGACCGGCAAGGCCCUUACCCCUGUCGAUGGGACAAUAGGGACAUAG